UUCGGACAGAGGAAGUGUUUCGGUUGUCGCCGCUGAACCUUGGACCAAACUGACAUUAUUCAUUUGUCGUGUCAUUCCGAGUAACUUACAGGAGAAGAGCAACGAGUGACACCAUGGCAACAGAGGGGGAGCCGACCGACUUGGUCAAAGUGUUGCACCUCCUGGUGCUCUCUUUCUCGUGGGGCAUGCAGGUGUGGGUCACCUUCAUCGCAGGCUUUGCGCUGGUGCGGCAGGUAACUCGACACACCUUUGGCCUGGUGCAGAGCAAGCUCUUCCCUUUGUACUUCUACAGCCUGCUUGGAAGCCACGUUGUCAGCCUGGCGGUGUAUGCUGUGUACCAUCCGAGGGAGCUGCUGGACUGGCAUGAGAGUGUGCAGAUGUUUCUGUACUUCGUGGCGCUGAUCAUGGCCGGUCUGAACGCUCAGUGGUUCGGCCCCGCAGCCACCGAGGUGAUGUUCCAGAUGAGGGCGGUGGAGGAGGAGCAUGGCCUGGGGAACCAGGUCGGCCUCGGCAGCCAGAAAGAGGGUUAUGCCAAGCUCAGAGAGCAGGACCCCAAGUACAGAGCCUUGAGGAGCACGUUCGGCCGGUACCACGGGUUGUCCAGCCUCUGCAACCUGAUCGGGUUCAUCUGCACCACCACUAAUCUGAUUUACACAGCUCUGAAUUUAUCCACCAUUUAGACGAGAGUAGGCGUCGGGCGUCAGUUUAUGAAAGGCUUUCUGGAGAACUUUAUGUGAAGAACGUCUCAAUGUCUGUUUCUCUCAUUACAGUUUUCAUUUCAAAUUGUAAAAAUUAAAUGUGAAUCACCGUAUACAUGGACUUUAAAUACAGCGUCAGUGACAGUUUUGCGUCAUUAAAUCUGUCCGAAUGUGCAGCGAGGCCUUCGUUUCCCAAAAAAAAAUCACCACUGCUGUUCUGAAGCACUUUUAAUCUCAUCAGUCGUUGUUUAAAAAAAACAAUUUCACUCAAUAGAAUGUAUUUUUGCAUUUUUAUAUUUGUCUUUUUGUAUUUAAUUGCUCACAACCAGACUCCUUGUUAAGAAGAAGAUCUUUAAAAACAGUAAAAAAACAAAUCCUGAAGCUUCAGCUGUUAUGUAAUUGCGUCUCCAGCAGGGGGCGAUGUUUAGACACUGACCAGCACACAUCACAUUGCAUCUCAGUUGUAAAAUGUGUUUCUUGAUAUUGUGAAUUAUUUUGAAUUUGUCAACUCAGCUGCAUUAACACUACGAUCAGGAGAUUAAACAGAUUAUUUUUUCAUUCGUC